CACAGCACUGCACGUCGCUUUAUCUUAAACGCUAGUGUCGACCGGUUUGCCCUGUUAUGGCACAGAACGGGACCACAGAGAACGGAGUGCCGCCAAACCCCGCUGCUCUGCCUUUACCCCAGCCCUGCAGGCUCUCAGAGAUCAAGCACACCAAGCUUUUUAUCAACAACGAAUGGCAGAACUCAGUGAAAGGAAAGACUUUCCCCACCUUCAACCCCGCAACAGGUGAAAAGAUCUGUGACGUGGAGGAGGCGGAUAAAGCUGACGUGGACAAAGCAGUGGAGGCCGCGAAGGCAGCGAUGAAGAGGGGCUCUCCGUGGCGAAGGAUGGACGUGUCCAGCCGUGGCCGAUUGCUGCACAGACUGGCGGAGCUGCUGGAGAGGGACCGGAUCGUGCUGGCCACUAUGGAGUCGAUGGACAGUGGGAAACCCUUCCUGCAGUCGUUCUUUAUUGAUCUGGAUGGAAGUAUCAAAACGCUGAGAUACUACGCAGGCUGGGCUGAUAAGAUCCAUGGCAAAACCCUGCCAGUGGAUGAUAACUUCAUGUGCUUCACCAAACACGAGCCCGUCGGAGUGUGUGGAGCAAUCAUUCCAUGGAACUUUCCUCUGCUGAUGUUCGUGUGGAAGAUAGCGCCGGCCUUGUGCUGCGGAAACACAGUGGUCAUCAAACCGGCCGAGCAGACGCCCCUAACAGCACUGCAUGUAGGAGCACUUAUCAAGGAGGCUGGUUUUCCUCCUGGGGUGGUGAAUAUUGUGCCCGGGUUUGGCCCGACAGCAGGAGCAGCCAUAGCCAGCCAUAUGGGCAUUGACAAAGUGGCCUUCACUGGCUCCACUGAGGUGGGUCAGCUGAUCAAAGAGGCGGCGGCUAAAAGCAAUCUGAAAAGAGUGACUCUGGAGCUGGGAGGGAAGAACCCCUGCAUUGUGUUUGCUGACUCAGACUUGCAGUUAGCAGUGCAGGAGGCCCAGAAGGGGGCGUUCUAUAAUCAGGGUCAGUGCUGCACUGCUGCGUCCCGUGUGUUCGUAGAGGAGAGUGUGUAUGACGAGUUUGUGAGGCUCAGUGUUGAAAGUGCUAAGAAGAUCGUAGCUGGAGACCCCAUGGACCCCCAGACUUCACACGGACCUCAGAUUGAUCAGCAGCAGUUUGAGAAGAUCAUGGAGCUGAUGGAGAGUGGGAAGAAGGAAGGAGCUAAGCUGGAGUGUGGGGGUUGCGCAGUGCAGGAUAAAAGCCUGUUCAUCCAGCCCACCGUCUUUUCUGACGUCAGAGACCACAUGCGGCUCGCGAAGGAGGAGAUCUUCGGGCCGGUUCAGUGCAUCAUGAAGUUUAAAAGUCAGGAGGAGGUGAUAGAGAGGGCCAAUAGUACGCACUACGGCCUGGCGGCCGCCGUGUUCACCCGCAGUGUGGAGCGGGCAGUGAGCGUGUCCUCGGCGCUGGAGGCUGGGACUGUGUGGGUGAACUGCUACAAUGCCCUUCAUGCUCAAGCUCCAUUUGGGGGUUAUAAGAUGUCAGGAAACGGACGAGAGCUUGGGGAGUACGCACUAGUGGAGUACACUGAGGUCAAAACCGUCACCAUCAAACUCAAUGAGCAGCUGACCGUAUGAGGGACAUCACUGAGGUCAGGACACGUCCUGCAAUAUCACAAAGUGCUUCAGAAUCGGUAGCUGUGACUGGGGGCAGAAAACCCUUUGGCGGCCUCUGACCAUCACCAAUACUCUGAUUUCACAAUGGACUUUCUCUCCACUGAAAAGGCUUCUUAUAUUCCACUUCUAUUUUUCUUCUGGUCUUUUUAUAUCUCUUUAGAUGUUAUGUACAGAUAAAAAUUGAUUGUAUAAUUUUUGAUUGUUUAUUUAAUCUGGAUGUCUUUAUAUGGAAGAAAAUUACUCUGUCCUACCAGGUUGUUUGUAUACAUGAGCUUUUUUUUAACAUUUCAGAUUCACAUGGCUUUAGGUGUUUUGCACUGAGAAAGUACGGCAACUUUCCUAUUGCUCCUGUUACGUUUGUC